AUGAUGGCCCGCGCAGACUCCGAUAUCCACAUUCCACCUGUGGUGAAACAGCUUGCUCCUUACGUCAAAUCCCGGCAGGAAGCUCUCCAGAUCCGCCAGGCAUUGACGUCUUAUCUGCGCUCCUUUAUCGUGUUCAACGAGGCCAACGAUCCAACCCAGUCUCAUCUCUCCUUGAGUGUCCCGACCGGAACCGUCGCAGAUGUCAAUCGCAUUCCUGCUGACCUGCCUGGGCUGCGCAAGGAUUACCUGAAGGCGCUAGCGGCCAAUGUCGCAGCCCGCAAAGAUUUCAAUGCUACAACUGACAAUGUCGCGGCCCUGAGGCGUCAAAGGACCUCCCCGAACCGCCCCUGCGAGUCCGACCCCCGAGAAUCCGGUGCCGAAAUUCGGGACUAUCUCGCCCUCCUGCGCGAUCGACGCCGCCACAACAAGCUACAGGUGUUUCAGCAAUAUCUUGAAGAAGUCAAAGCACGAGAUACGACUACAUUGGGGGAUUCUGGAUAUGCCGAGGAACAGAUAUCACUGCCGGAGGCUGAGGUGGAACAGGAUCAUGCUGGUACAAACUUGAACGAGCUUGUUCAUAGCCUUGAGAGGGCGGUUGUACGCGCCAAGUCUCAAUUGGAUCGUCAGAAGCAACUGUUCGAUAAAGCGAAGACCCAGCAUGACUCUCGGCACAAUCCUGCUUCAAUUCCAGUCUCCCCAGAUGUCAAAGCCCAAGCCUUACAGAAGACUCGGGACGAAUUGGUUCAAUGGGUGGAAGAACGACUGGUUGGCCAAGGCGAUCCGGAUGAAAAUGUGCUUCAAGAGCUCCCUCCGGAGGAGAUCGAAGCUGCUCAGCGCGAUUUAGAAGAUCGCAAGACACAGAUUGCAAACCAAUAUGCCGUAUAUGUUCAGGCCCGGCGUGAGCUCCUCGAGGCCGCCUCAAGGGCCUGCCAACCAGUCAAUGUGGCACCGAAGCCACCAUCGCGUUCCAACAAAACCGAGCCCGUCCCGGCAGAGUUACCACCACCGAAUGCCAUAGAUGUGUUGUCAUACGCGACCGAGAACCUCCUCCCCCUCUCCAAGGGCCAAAAAUCGCUAUCCCUCCAGAGGUCGUACCUAUCUGGAUUACUUUCCAAAGAAAAAUUGACUACUCUUCGCGCACUCAAUCGACUCAGCGAUGAAUCCCACCUACUCCCGGAAUAUCCCAUUGAUUCCCGUCAACCGCGAGCCAAACACGCCAACUUCGGCACCCAGGCCCAACCCGAGCAGAGUUCGGACGAGGUCGUCCAGCUUGCCGAGGCCUGGGCCUUUGCUGCCGGUGCUGCUGGCGCCAGUGGACGGGACUAUGUACAGGAGAAAGUUGUGCUAGGCACCGAAGUCGCGCAAGACGCUCGACAGACUCUGUCCGAUGUUUACGGGACCCUCAAUCAGGACCUCGAUGAGGUCAUGGACGGCCAGAAGCGGCAGACGUCAAACCCCACUCGCUUGAGAGGUGGGUCUCGGAUUGAGAAGCGACCGACUGGUCCCUGGUCUCAAUUGAAUGGGAAAGUCGGAGUUGAGUAG